AUGUCCACACCCACGCAAUUCUCGGCAGAGGACUUCUUCGCCCAGCAACCCCCGCCGAAGGACCUCGACAAGCGACUCGAGGCGGUCCAGCGCUUCGUCGAGCGCAAUGUGAACGAGGGGAGGAGGGUUGUGCUCAUCACGAGCGGAGGAACGACUGUUCCCCUCGAGCACAACGUCGUCCGCUUUCUUGACAAUUUCUCAGCCGGGACCCGCGGCGCCGCAUCCGCCGAGCACUUCCUCCGAAGCGGUCGCUACGCCGUCAUCUUCCUGCACCGCCAGCACUCGCUCCAGCCUUUCUCUCGACACUACUCUCACUCGACGAAUCCUUUCCUUGACCUGCUCGAUGUCGUGGAAGCGGACGGAGGCGUGUCGGGAAAGGGAAAGGCGGCUGCGGAACACCUCCCUCUGCCCGACGGACACCUCUUCCCGCCCAUCCCGUCAAUGCAGUCUCCCCCGUCGUAUCCUCCACUCGCAUACACCCCGCUGCCGCCACUUCACGCCGACGAACCACCCAACACCGACCACGGCCUGACGAUCCAAAUCCGCCCGCCUCACCUCGCGCCUAUGCUCUCCCUCCUCCGCUCCUACAAGGUCGUCAAGUCGCUCGGCAUCCUGCAUUCGAUCCCGUAUACGACCGUCAGCGAGUACCUUUGGUACCUGAGGGGGAUCAGUCGGGUUAUGGGGCAGACGAAGGACAGGCAGGGACAGGCGCUGGGGCGGAGAGGGAUGUACUACCUCGCUGCGGCAGUCAGCGACUUCUUUAUUCCGUACACGAAGAUGUCUGAACACAAGAUCCAGUCGGGCAAGGGCUCGCUCGUGAUUGAGAUGGACCAGGUGCCGAAGGUGCUCAAGACGAUGGUGGACGAGUGGUCGAACGAGGGCUUCAUCGUGUCCUUCAAGCUCGAAACGGACCCCUCCAUCCUCAUCCCCAAAGCACGCACAGCACUCGAGCGGUACGGCCACCAAAUCGUGAUCGGCAACCUCCUCGACACGCGCAAGCACGAGGUCGUCUUCGUCCAAAAGCAAGGCGAGGAGUGGCUGCGGAUUCCACAUCAUGACGGGCCGGACGGGAAGGAGAUUGAAGAGGAUAUCAUUGCGAGGUUGAUGGAGUUGCAUGAGGCUUGGACGAGCAAGGGAGGCGUAUAG